GAGAGUUGUCAGGUGUGUCUACACUGAGGCUGUUCCAGCAUGUGCGCCUGUGAUCUACAUAACCUACUUUCUCAUGGCUGUGUGGAUUUUAGUUUAAAUAGAGCAAGAAGAGAGCUGUGGAAGAGAAUUUGUUUGUGGAUUAUUCAGUGGACCGUUCCCUUCAACCUGGUGUUUUAAAGAAUGGAAGGAAGUUAUCUCGGAACACAUUUUGAAGAGACUAUAUACUGAGCUAGUUUUGUAUUAUUUCCCUACUGGGGUGUAGGAAUGUUUCUGCUCCAGUUCACCAAAAUGUAUGGUUGGAUGCUGACAAUAGGCAGACUGCAGACCAGGACAAAGCAAAAAAUAAGGACAGAAUAACAGAUUCUUUCUCCUGCCGUGCGCACGCCUGCUUAAUCAUAUGACUCAUACAGAUAAACUCCAGCAAGUCUGCAGCAUGUGCUUCAGUCCCUCAAGCUUGCUGUGACAGGGUCUCUGUGCUUAGGCUAAAUGCGGGAGCGGGACAGUGUUUUUGCGUGUGAGGGGACUGAGGAAGACGUCCGGUUCAUUCGGCACUCUUUAUGGAGACUGCACAAGCUCCUGACAGACCUUCCAGAUGAUAUGCUGGAGGACAGUCGGGACAGCUCCUCACCUGAGCUGGACUACUCCACCUGCAGCCACCAAGGAUCCAACAGAUCACAGCAUGCUUGGAAUGGAGGUCCUGAAUGGUCUGAUCAGCCAAGACCGUCUUCUGCUGAAGAGGGGUACACCUAUGACCACACAGCUGCACAGCCAAAUGGCCACGCUGAUCAUCUCCGGGGUGGAACAGAACAUUUCCCCCAAGUCUGGGACCAACAUCAGGGUCACAACUAUCAGCAUGAGUCUGGAGACUAUGUCUACUCCUCUGCAGAAAUGGCAGGGUCCAAUGGCAUCAAUGAUCUAUCUAAUGAUGAUGGGUAUGAACAGGAAGCUUACCCACAGACAGGCUUCCACCAUGGAGUUGAAUCUAAGGUAGAUGGCCAAGGCUAUAUGGAACAUGCAAGUGUCAGAAACCAUUUUCAGAAUUUUGAUAAUGGGAGAACAGAGGGAAAACCUGAUGAUCGUUACAAAGCUACUUUCCGUCCACAUAAUUCAGCAACCCAGCCAAAGAUGUUCAACACAAAAUCAUCAACACAGAAUGAUCACUUUAACCAGCUUCAACAGGACUUUCUUGACUCAUCGCCAAGUGCUGUUGAUGCUCAGGAGUGUGCUCAGUUAAAGAUUUUAAACAAAGCUCAGUCCAGGCAGAUUGAGGACCUGGAGCAGAAGCUAGAGGAUAGCAGACGAAAAAUGAGAUAUUUGGAGCAUCAGUUCGCAAUCAUAAAAGAUGAAAAAGAAGGACUGGCAAUAUCAUUGAAGGAAUCCAGUCAUCUGAUAGAAGAAGCAAAAGAGAGGGAAACACAGCUACAAAGCAAAGUCAGGUCUCUGGAGCGACAGAUCCAGACUCUUGCUGAGCGAGAACAGGAGAACAUGAAAAAGCAGCAUGCUGCAGAUGCAGCAGUAGAUAGCAUGCAGCAGCAGAUGAUGGAGUUGUGUCGCUCGGACACGCUGACACGAGCACGGGAGCAGCAUGACAGAGACAUGGCUGCCAUGAAGGAACAGCAUGAGGCUAGAAUACUCACCCUUCAGCAAAAACUGGACUCGCACACUCAGAGCCUGGAAGAGCAGGUGCAGGCAGCUCAGAGGCUGCGGGAGCAGGUGAGGCAGCUGGAGAGACAGAGGGAGGAGGAGCAGGUGGACAGAGCUACAGUCAUCAAUGCCCUCACACAGCGCUUGGAGGAGAGCCAGCAGCAGUGUGCCAAGCUGCUCCAGACUGGGUCUGUGCAAGAGAUGAGCCAACUGCAGAUAAAACUACAGCAGGCUCAGUCAAGCCGCAACAUCAGUGAGAACAUGAAUAAAGCACUGCAGGAAGAGCUGCAAGAGUUGAAAGAACAGAUCACCCUGUAUGAGUCUGCUGUCAAACUUGGAGCAGUUUCUUUUGAUUCCAACACAGACUGGGAAAACCACCUCUCUGAGUCUUAUAUAGAUCUGGGUAUCAAGAAAGUGCACUGGAAAAAUCAAAGGAAUCAAAGCACGCCUGUACCAUCAGACUCCUGUCUACCCAAAGAGGAUUUGGUGAAGGAACUCAAGGCUGAGCUGCAGCGGUGUCUAGCACAGCUAAAAUCCAAGAGGCAGAGGAUCUCCCAGUUACAGGAGGAGUUGCACACUUCACGUAGCCGUACAGAUCAUCUGCAGACCCAGCUAGAUGGAGCGGAGAAGAGAGCUAAAGACUCUGUGGUGAGGGAAAGCAGCCUGGAAAAGCUUCUGGAGCCAUCCAAUAAGGUAUCCCAAAAAGAACUUCAAAAACUAGAGGAGGAGCGACAGAACCUACAGAAGAGAGUAGAGGCUCUUGAGAUGCGGAAUAUGGAGCUAAAGCAGAGUGAGGAAAAGGUCAAAGCAGCAAAUUUUGAGCUUUGCACCAAGAUGAGAGAGAUGAUUCAAGAGCUGGACCAGGAGAAACAGGAGGCUGCAGAGCGGCAUGAGAGGGUCCAGCAGCAGUUCAGAGAUGAUGUGGUGCAACAUGUUCAAUCCGAACUUACACAGCAGCACACAGCUGAAAUGGAGAAGCUCACUGCCCAACAUCAGGAACACAUCCAGCAACUGGAAGCCAGGUUGGCUGAGCUCAGUCAAGAGGUUCUAGCAGUACAGGAAUGUUACAUUUCUGUUUGCAAAGAAAAGGACAAACUUGAGGAAAACCUACAGAGCAAGACUGAAGAUGAGAAGAAGCUAAGAGAGAAUGAGGUCAAGAAAACAGAGGAGACUAAGGUGGCUUUAGAGAGGCUAAAGACUGAAUUGUUCUCUCAGCACCAGGAAGCUGUUUCCCAGCUCAAAGCACGGUGGGAGAAAGAGAAAGAGGCAGAGAUCCAGCAAGAGGUCGCCAAGCAACUCUCCUCAGCCAAGCAGAGUUGGCAACAAGGGCAGGAAGAGCUGGAGAAGAACUGGGCGAUCAGACUGGAGGAAGCUGUGAAGGAGAGUCAAGAAGCUCAAGCUGCAAAUGCCCAGGAGAGCUCUUCUCAGACGGAAAACCUAGAGUCCGCAGCUCAGUUUUUCUCCCUGGAGCAGCUGGAAGCCAGGCUCAGUGCCCAGAGAGCUGCGCUACAACGAGAGGCAGACACCAACCUGUCCAAAGUGGUGGAGGAUUCAUUGAGGCAGAGGGAGAAAGAGCUUCAACAGAAACAUGUGAAGCACAUGGCAUUACAGGUUGAAGGUGCAGUGUCCAGGGCUCAUUCUCGCUGGCUUCAAGACCUUACCUCCAUCCCAGAGUUCAAAGCCAGCCUGCAGAAGGAAAGAGAGAAAUGGGAAGCGAUCCAAGAGGAAAAGAUUCAAGAGCAUGUGUCUUCAGCAAUACAAAAUGCUGAAGACAAAUGGCAGAAGAUACUCAGUGAAAAAUGUAAGGAUCUUGAGGACUGUGUGAGCAGGAACCAAGAGUUUCAGGAGCAGGUGCACUCUCUGAACACACAGCUAGAGCGUUCCAGUCAGGAGCACGCCGCCCUGCUUAAAGCUGAGCUUUCUGCAGCCCGAGCCAUGUGGAACAAAGACAAACAGCAGGAGAUCUCAUGCCUGAAGGCCCAGCUCCAGACUCAGCUGGAGAAAAACAUAGAACAGGCUCAGGAAGAGGCCCUCAGACAAGCCCAGGCAAACCUACAGGUGAUGCUGAGGAGCAAAGAAGAGGAAUGGAAGAGUCAGCAAGACAUCAGGUUACGGGAAGAGCAGCAGCAAGUCAAAGAGGAGGUUUUUGCUGAGUUAAAGGAGGUGCUGAAAGAGGUUCAGGACAUGAGCAGAGCAGUGUCUGAGGAGCAAGGCAGCAGGGAAGACUGCUUGAGAGCCAGACUCAGAGACCUGUGUAGAGAUGCAUUAUCCAGAGCUGUGACCCACAGCAAGCAGGAAUGGAAACAGAGCAGUGAGGAUAAAUUGAGACGAGUGCUAAAGGAAACUCAAGAACAACAUGAAAAGGAACUCAGUCAAAUACGAAGCACUUUGCUCCAAAGGAAGGAAGAUGAGUGUAGUAGUAAGACCUGUUCUGAGACCACGGCUAAACUUCAGAAAAAGAGUCAGGAACUUCAGAAACACCUGGAGAAAGCCUGCCGCCAACUCCAGCAUACUGUCCGAGAGCACAAGACCACUCUUCACAAACUGAAGGAAGAGCAUGGAGAAGCCUUAUCCAGGGAGAGAGAGGCCCAUGCAAAAGCACUUGAGGAUGUCAAACUUUCUGCACGCAAAGAAUCAUGCAGUACAGACAGUCAGCAAACUCUGCAAGCUGGCCUUGAAGAAAUGAAGGAACAAUAUAUGAAAGCUGUGCAAAAAAUCAGAGGUGACAUGCUGUGCUACCUGCAGGAGAGUAAAGAGAGGGCUUCUGAGCUGAUUAAAGCAGAGGUCCUGAGAGAGAGGCAGGACACGGCUCGGAGGAUGCGAAGGUACUACCUCACCUGCCUGCAGGAGCUACUGGAGGAAGGGGGGCAGACCACUGGCGCUGAGAAGAAAAUCAUCAAUGCUGCUAGUAGACUGGCUGCCAUGGCCAAAGUGUUGGAGACACCUGUAGCCAAGAAGAGACCUCAACGAAAUCCAAAUGGGCAAGAACCAUCAAUAAAUGCAGAAACCUCUGCUAAUGACCACGCUGCCAAAGUACCAGGUGGAGCCCAGAGCCAAAGCUUUCCUGUUGUAGCUGAGGUUCGUAAAGACUGCAGAAAUGAACAAAUCCAUCACAGUUAUUCUCUCACAACCCCAGCAGCCAGACCAAGAGGAAUCGAUCCUGCAGGCCCUCAAACUCAGGACUUCCUGUCUGUGAGACCAAAUAGUGCUAAAACUCCUGUCCAUGUUACUCCAUUGUCACUACAUUCUCAUAAUCCCAAACUAAUUGACGAUGUUGGAUCAUCCUUCAAACGUAACAGUGAUGUGAACAAUGCAAUUACAGUCAGAAAGCAGAGCAGAGAGAUGUUCCUGACUGGAAGAGAAUCAGGAAAAGCCAGCGAUCAUUUGACCCCUCAUGUAGCUGUCGAGCCCUUCCUGAUUGAAGAAGCGCCGGUAAGAGACGAUGGCCAAAGUGACUGGAGUUUAUCUAGUAAUGGCUCCACAUUUACCAAUAACAUCCAUCUAACCUCCUCCUACUCAGGCAAAAAUGCACAGCCGGCGAGGCCGUUCUCACUGAUGAACCCAUCAGUAGACAAUCUGGACUUUGGAAGCUGUGUAGGUGAUAACUCUGAUGUAACUGUUUACAAAGAGAUUGUUAAAAAGCCACCCUCUUUGAAAUCCCAGCAGAGUGCAGGACUUAAAACGACCAAGAGCAGGGAGCCAAUCCCAGGCUCUGAGGGAGAGAAGAUCCAUAGACUAUGUCCCAAGAGUUUGUUCUCGGAAUUGAAAAUCUAUCAGCAGGACAGUGGGUUUGACAGCCCUUUGUCCUUGAUUCAGAAAUGAAAUGUCAGCUUUCGUGUAUUGGAUAAUAUGUUUUAUAAGUGUGUGUGUGUUUGUGUGUUGACUGAAUAUUCAGAUGUAUUUAUGUUUGAACUGUGUUUCAGUUUUAAAUACUUUUUUUACUGUCCUUGUUCUGUUCUGUUUUAUUAAAGUUUUCUACCCCACUGAAA